AUGUGCACGAUUUUCAUGGAAGGUGCAGAAUGGCAAAUAAAGGGAACAAAUGUCUACGCUUUCGAGCGUGGUUCGGUAAUGCCGAUAUGUAGCCCUAUAAGUUUAAAUGUGGAUAGACCUACCACCGCGACAGCACUUGGCGCACGAACUACUACAACGGCUCCACGAGCUAGACCGCCGGUGUUCCAGAUUAGACCCAUUCAGGCUAAUCCCGUUAUGAAAAAUCUUACUGGAGUCAACUCGAGCUAUUCGUUCAUUUAUUAUCAAGAUCAGCCACAUUUCUGCAAGCCGACUAUGCUUUGCUUAUACAGGACUAAACCGACAGUUUGCUACGUUAUCGGUUCUGGAGAAUUAUGCAGAGGAUUCGUACUUUCCGAGUACUGCGAAGAAGAAGCGACAUACCCGGUUGCAACGUAUAUAUUCAAAUAUGGGAUGGAAUGCUAUACCGUCGUGCACAACCAACCUGAUCCAACUUAUGUCUUCCCCGAGAUACCUGGCUAUGCGCUGCUCUCGAAAUUCUUCGUGCGCAGCAUUAUUUUCUAUGCUUGA